AUGGCGUCCCCACAAUUCCAAGAGCCGCCGGAGUGGGAGUACGGCCUGCGGAAGUACCUCCUGCUGUUGGCCACGGUGAUGGCGACGGUGACGUACUCCGCGGGGUUCAACCCGCCGGGGGGUGUCUGGCAAGACACCGACGCUGCCGCCGGCCACCUCGCUGGCGACCCCAUCCUCCGGGCCACCAGCUACUGGCGUUACAUUACGUUCAUCUACUGCAACGCCCUUGCGUUCGUUUCAUCACUCUUUGCCAUGGUAUUGUACCUCCUCCUCGCCAUACUGCACGAGCAUGAGAAGUUGGGGGUCGGACUCAUCGUGCCGCUGCGCUCGCUCAUGGCGUCGGAUCUGCUCGGCCUCAUGUUGGCCUACGCCGCGGCGACUUGCCGGGACACGUUCACGAUCGUGUCCUGCUCGGUGAUCGUGGGCGCGGCCUUGUUGUACCUCGCGGUCUCUUGGGUGCUGGCGUCCUCCGGAGACGACCAAGACAGCAGAUCCGGCGGCGAUCUAUCUCCAAUCGUUCAAGGAAAAAAAAAAGAUCUCCAGCAGGAAGAAGGGAUCCGCAAGGUCCUGAUGGUGCUGGCGACGUUCGCCGUGAGUGUCACGUACGCUUCCGGGAUGAGCACUCCCGGUGGCUUCUGGGACACCGCGGAGGGAGGCCACCACCCGGGCUACGCGAUUCUCAGGGACCGGCACAGGGCACGCCUGAGCGCGUUCUUCGUGUGCAACACCGCGGCUUUCGUCGCGUCCCUGCUUGUCCUCGUGAUGCUACUCUUUCAGAAACUUCGCCUGCGCGCUGCCUCUCGCGGGACGUAUGGAUGCAUCCUGGUCUCGCUGGUCGGCCUCGUCGGGGCGUACGCCGCCGGCAGCUCCAGGGGCGUUGGCGCCACGGCGUAUGUGCUCGUUCUGCUGAUUGUUGCUGCCGGUCUGUCGGAGCGGACGCUCAUCAAGUCCGCGCGCAACCUUGUUCUAUUGCUCGCCACUUUUGCCACGGCCAUCACUUACCAAGCGGGGCUGCACCCGCCGGGUGGCCUUUGGCAGCAGGACAGCCGGGACGGGCACUUGGCCGGCGACCCGAUCCUCUUGGCGACGAACGCUAGGCGGUACAACGCCUUUUUCUACUGCAAUUCGAUUGCCUUCGUGGCCUCCUUGGCCAUCAUUAUCAUAUUGCUGGAGAAAUGGUUGCUUAAGUUCAACGUGCUGACGGCAGCCCUUAUGCUGGAACUGUUUGGCCUGGUCGGCGCAUACGCCGCCGGGAGCUGCAGGGACGUAAGCACCUCCAUAGAUGUCAUGGCCAUGGCGGCGGCCGUCAUGGUCUACGUGGUGAUCCAUGUUAUCUUCUUCCCGCCGCCAACGCUGGACCACAGAAACGAUGAUGAGCGUGAGUUGGUUCGCAAGACACGCAAGCUGCUAUACCUAUUGGCAACCUUGGCCACGACCCUCACUUACCAAACGGGGCUGACCCCUCCGAGCGGCUCCUGGCCGUCCGGGCAGCACGCAGGCGACCCGGUACUCCUGGACAACCGUCCACGCCGCUACAAGAUCUUCUUCUACUGCAACUGCCUAACCUUCACGCUGUCCAUGGCCAUCAUGAUUCUCCUCGUGAACCCUCAUCUGUACACGCCGGCCAUACAAAGCCACGCGCUAUCAGUUUGCAUGGUGGCGGGCUUGUCUGCUGUGACGGGGGCAUACGCCGCCGGGAGCACGCAGGAUUUUAAAACAUCCCUCGGCGUCUUGCUGCCGCUGGCUCUUGUCAUCUCAACUCUAGGCGUAUUUUUUGUGUUGAAGGUCAUGGAAAAAAGACGAGGACAAGAAGUAAACAUGUGGAAGGAGUUCGAGGAUAGCCAGCGGCUGGCCACACCACCAACAGAAGACGAUGUCAGAACCAAGGAUCUGCAUGCCACGCGCAAAUACCUGAUGCUGCUAGGAGUCCUGCUGGCCAGUAUCACGUAUCAGGCCGGCCUAGAUCCGCCGGGCGGGAUUUGGCAGCACAGCGGUGACGGGCACGACGCGGGCAACCCAGUCAUGCAGCACAACAGGAGGCGGCAGUAUCUCGCCUUCUUCUACACCAACUCCACUUCGUUCGGAGCCUCCGUGAUUGCCAUCGCUGUUCUGCUGCAUCAGUGGCUGCAGAAUGACGAGGGCUGGACUGGGUAUCAACGCAGGGUAAUGUACACCAUCAUUGAGCUGGAUCUGCUCGCUCUCCUAGGGGCCUACGUAGCAGGCUCUAGCAGGGACUGGAAACCGUGGCUAUACAUCCUGGCCCCGGCUAUUAUCAUCCCCAUCCCGGCCGUCCUUGCAAUCUCGGCGAUGCGGCGCCCACGCCGACGACGUCCUCCGCCUCCAGGACUGCAAAUAUGA